GGAAUUUUAUUUGGAAAGAUGUGGGAGCGAUUGUUCGGGGAUGAACAAGUAAAAAUUUGUAUUGUUGGAUUGGACAAUGCAGGUAAAACAACAACUCUCUAUAAAUUGUAUGUUGUUUAUUUGUGUGAUUGUGUGGAUUGAAAAAUUUUGAAUGAUCAUCGUGAUGAUUAAAUUACUGAUGAUUAUUUUCAAUAAUUUAAUAUUAAAUAUUAAAUUAUUAUUGUGGAUAUUUGUGAUGAUCGGAAUUUAAUCAUCAACAUUUUUAAUUUACUGAUGAAUUAUAGACAUUUGGGUGAAAUUGUAGAAACUCAACCAACGAUCGGAAGUAAUGUCGAAGAAGUCAACUAUAAAAACAUCAAAAUGCAAAUGUGGGAUUUAGGAGGACAAAGUUCACUGAGAGCUAGUUGGCAAAUAUACUUUUCCAAUUCACAAGGAAUUAUUCUAGUAGUUGACAGUACAGAUAGAAAUAGAAUUUCAAUUGUAAAGGAAGAAUUAUUCAGAAUUUUGGAAUGUGCAGAAUUGAAAGGAGCUUCAAUUCUGGUUUUUGCAAACAAACAAGAUGUUAAAGGGGCCAUGACAGCAACAGAAGUGUCAAAAGCUCUCAAUUUACAAAAUAUCAAGAGUCAUGAUUGGCAUAUUCAAUCAUGUUGUGCCUUAACAGGUGAUGGUCUUGGUCCUGGAAUGGAUUGGUUAACAGAAAGAAUUUCCAGCCACAAGACAUCCAAAUAAUUCACUCUCAAAUAAUGUACAUAUAAAAAAUAACUCUUAUUUC